AUGCCGGGCUUGGAUGUGUGGGUGUCGAGCAAGCCCCGGCAGUACAGCUCCGGCGACGGAGGUGAGGUUCAUUUCAUUUCGUCAUGCGCCUCGGGACGAAUUACCCGUAUGCUGUUGGCCGACGUCUGCGCUCAAGAUGCGGGCUUCGUGGAGUUGUCCACAGAACUGCGCGCGCUAAUGAUGAAGAACGCGAACGCCAUUAACCAAGGGCGGUUCGUGCAGGCUAUGAACGAGCGAUUUGGGGACUUCGCCGCCCAGGGGGCGUUCGCCACGGGGCUGGUCACUACGUUCUUCGCGCCGACACGUUCUUUCAAUAUGUGCAAUGCGGGGAGUCCAUCGCCGCUCAUCUAUCGCCAGGCCGUGGGGGAGUGGUCACUGCUCAAGCCGUCGGUGCCGCAGGAAUCGACUUCGCCGGGGGAUGCCCCCGAUGAAAGGAUGCUCGAAGACGAAUACCAGCAGCUUUCAACUCGGCUAGAAGAUGGUGACAUGGUGCUGAGCUACAGCAACGUGCUGACCGAGUGCCGCGACGCGAAUGGACAGCUUCUCGGUACACAAGGGUUGCUGGAACUGGUGAAACAAAGCGACCCCGCCAAGCCGGCCGAAUUGGCUGCGAGCUUGAUGCGGUUGGUUGAUUCUGAAGACGGACUCGCCACUGACGCAACGAUUCUGUUGUGUCAGGCGAAAGAUCGCUCUGUGGGGUGGAAGAACAAUCUUCUGGCCCCUUUCCGGCUGCUAGUCCACGCGCGAAAGCAACCGUUUAUGAAAUCGCUUGAAGCAUUGCUGCAAACCUUCAUCGAACUGCACCCCGAAGACGCUGCUCGGGCUUUCGAGACCUUGGACAUCGAAGAGGGGGUCGGGGUGUUCAAAGCCAUGCCGACGGAAGUCGGGGUUCCACUGUUGGAACGGGUAAGUCCCCACAUGGUCGCGGCAAUCCUGCGUGAAAGCGACGUCAAUCGGGCGGCUGAAAUCCUGCAGGAUCUAUCUCCCCGAGUGGCUUCCUCGAUUCUGCAUCAGCUCGAUGAAGAAAAACGCGAAGAAGUGCUGGCACUUGUCCCGGAGAAAUCUGCCCACCAACUGCGGGCGCUCGCUCGGCAUCACGACGAUACGGCCGGGGCGAUCAUGGAGCCCCGCGUGGCUUCGCUGUCGUUCGAUCUGACGGUUGAGCAAACCAUUUCCGCCAUCCGCAAAGCCCCUCGUGAGGCCCUGCAUUAUCUCUACGUUACCGAGCGGGACGGCAAGCUGGCCGGUGUGCUGAACAUGCGGGACCUGCUGCUGGCCAACCCGCGCGAUCCGAUCGCUUCGCUGGUACGGCGAAAUCUGGUGACCGUGCCCGAGACGAUGCCCAGUGAAGAGGUCGUGCAAUUGAUGCGAGACAAAGAUUUCCUGGCCCUGCCGGUGGUCGAUUUUGAAGGCCGGCUGAUUGGAGUGGUGCAGCAUGCCGAAGCCUUGCAAGCUGGACAAGAAGCGGCGUUCGAAGACCUGCAAACCAUCGUGGGUGCGGGAGCCGACGAACGGGCCCUCUCGCCUGUGAAGGUGGUGGUGAAGAGCCGGCUGCCGUGGUUGCUGGUGAAUCUGGCCACGGCGUUUCUGGCGGCUUCGGUCAUUGGAGUUUUCGAAGGACUGAUCGCCAAAGUGGCCGCAUUGGCGGUGUUGCUUCCCGUGGUUGCCGGUCAGGGUGGAAAUACCGGCUCGCAGUCGUUGGCCGUGGUGAUGCGGGGGUUGGCCUUGAGGGAGAUCAUCCCCGGAACGCAGAAACGCGUGGUUGCCAAAGAAGUGCUUGGCGGGGUCAUCAAUGGAGUGGCUAUCGCCAUUGUCACUGCGAUCGCAGUCUUCGGGUGGAGAGUAUCUUCUGGAGAUACGACGACCUCGUGCCUGGGGCUGGCACUGGUCAUCGGAUUCUCGAUGAUCAUCAGCAUGGCCGCUGCGGCGCUUUCCGGGGCUGUCAUUCCGCUGAUCUUGCGGGCGCUGGGCCGCGACCCUGCCCAGUCGGCGGCGAUCUUUCUUACCACGGUGACCGACGUGGCCUUUCGCAGGCAAGUCUCGCGCACGCCGUUCUGGCUAAUCGUGAGAAGAAACACUCAUCAGGGAAGAUGUGUCGUGAUGAAUUCACGUCGGUUGUUGCUGCUGUCUAUUGUUGCGCUCGUGUCGUUUGGUCCCCGUCCAGCUGUGGGCGAAGAGUUGACCACCGCGUUGAUGGCGAUUGCGCAGGAGACCGAACCUGCGGCGUUCGAGGCCGACCCGGAGGCGUCCCUUUCUACCGAGGUGACCCCUGCGGCGAUUGAGAAGGUGAAAGCUGAAGCGACGGCCGCCGAGCAACUGCCUGAAGAAACCAAGGCUCAAAUCGUCGAGCUCUGCGACAAGGCUCUCGCAAGUCUCGCAGAUGCACAAAACCUGGCCGCCACGACCGCCACCCUUCAGGCGGAACUCGAUGGAGCUACUAGCGAACUGGAAGCGUUGCAGGCAGAAGCUCCCGCCGCUAACCCCGAAGCUGUUUCGAUCAAGGGCCUCAGUGCCGAUGAGAUCCGAGCCCUUCUUUCCACUGCUGACCAGGAGGUAAGCACUGCGAGAGAGAAAAUGCACAAAGUGGCCGGCGAGAUCGAACGUCGUGCUCAGCGACGCAAGGAACUUCCCGACGCGCUGGCUAAGUGCCGGGAACAACUCGGCAAACUGAACGAGGUGCUCGCACAACCGAUUGAAGGUGAGGUCGCACUGCUUGCCGAAGCCCGACGAUUGUGCACCCUGGCUCGCCAUACCGCGCUGGUUAAGGAACUGCUGCUGAUUAAGCAACAAGCCCGCACGUUCGAAGCCACUUCUCGUUUGUGGUUGGCCCGUCGCGACGCGGCUGACAAGAAGGUGGCCGCUGCCGAGGACAAGCACAAGAAGAUCAACGAACUUGCUGCUGCUGCUCAACGCGAAGAGGCCGCCCAGCAGGCAUUGGCGGCUCGCAAGGCUGCGGUGAACGCGCAUCCCGCGGUCAAAGAGGCCGCCGCCAAGAGCGCGGAACUCGCCGAGCGGAAUCAGGCGUUGGUUCGUCGCACCCAGGAAGUGCAGAACCGGUUGACCGAAGCGCAAGAACUCGGGCGAACGAUGACGGACCGCUACGAGGAUGUAACCCGUCGGGCCAAUGCGGCGAAGAACACGCCGGCCAUCGGCGAAAUGCUCCGCAGCCAGCAGAAUCAACUGCCAGCCUUGGGACCGUAUCGUGUCCGCCUGCGGAAUCGUGAGGUUGAACUCCCCAAGCUAGGGCUUGAAGUCUACGAGUGGGAAUCGAUGCGCCGCGAAGCCGUGCAUGUUGAGAAGGCGGUGGAGCAGGCGAUUGCCGAGAUCGAAGCUAACUCGGAAGAGACCCUACACGAAUACAUUCAGGCGGAAUUGCACAGUGUUCUGAAAGAACGGGCGGUGAUUCUUACCGAGUUGAUCAGCAACGCCAAUGACUGCAUCAGCCGCUUGGAAGAGUUGGACGUCGCUGAAAAGGAAGUUGUGAAAACCACCGAGCAACUGGCCUCAUUCAUUGCUGAACAAGUUCUGUGGGUCCGCAGCGCUUCUGGUUUUUCGUACAAAGAGCUGGAGUAUGCCAAGAAUUUCAGCACCAAUAUUCCAGGGCGAAUCGAACAAGCAAAAUCGCUGCUUGCUGUACUUCGCGCGGACCUUCGUCAGCGGCCCGGCAUCUGGGGAUUGGCCGGAGUACUGGUUCUUGUGCUGCUGAUUGGAAUCCCUCGCGCUCGUAAGGUAUUGCAAACUCGGGGUGAGGUGGCCUCCAAACCAACUGCAACGCAGUUUCGACCUACGGUUGAAGCUACCUUGGCCACGCUGUUUCUGGCAUUACCGGUACCGGUGGUCGUGGGCUUUGUUGGUUGGCGGCUCUAUCAAGAUCCGGCUGGUUUGGCUUACGCCACGGGAUGGGCGUUUUUGUUGUACGCCGGCGUGUAUGCCAUGUUGAACCUUGUGCGGUUGGCAUCGCGCACCGACGGGCUCGGCACGAACCAUUUCGGUUGGGAUCAAAAAGGGCUGGCCGACAUACGACGGGCGUCGCGUUCGCUUCAGCUCUUUGUGCUCCCUCUGUUGGCGGUUGCCGUCGGGGUGGAGUUCGCACACGACCAAGACAGUGCGGACGCCAUUGGCCGGAUUGCACUGAUCUCUUCUCUGUUGAUUCUCAGUGGGAUCUCCUUUCGCCUGUUUCGCCCCAAGGGUGCACUUGCGCUCGCUCUGGCCUCGUAUGCGAAAAGCUCGUUGAGUGCCCGGGCCGUUCGGGUUUUGGCGCCUUUGGCCACGUUGGCCGCACUGGGGCUGAUCGUGGCCUCUGCCGCGGGCUAUCACUACACGGCGGUGCAACUUACGAAGCGGGUGUUCGUCUCGUGUGUAUUCGUGUUUGCUUGUCUGUCGUUGCGAUCGUUGCUCAUGCGAUGGCUGCUGGUUUCGUAUCGAAAAGCUGCCAUGCAACGGGCCCGCGAGAAACGUCAGGCGAUGCUUGAAGCCCAGGAAAAUGGAACAGCAGAUACGCCGGUGGUGGAAGCUGAGCCACAUGUGAGCCUGAGCGAUAUCAAUCAACAAGCGAGGAAACUUGUCGCUGUAGGGGCUGCGUUAGCGUUUGUCACUUCAAUGUUCUUCGUUUGGAGCGACGUGCUUCCGGCACUGGGCAUCUUCAGUCGCGUUGAGUUGUGGGCAAGUGGACUCGCAUCGCUCGACCCAGAGGCGGGAGUGACCUACAUCACGCUGACGGAUGUUUUCUUCGCGUGUGCCAUCUUCGCCUUGACCAUCUUCGCGGGGCGCAACUUGCCGGGCCUGCUGGAGAUUGCCAUUCUGCGACGGCUGCCGCUUGAUGCUGGGGCCCGCUAUGCGGCCAGUUCGGUGACGUGCUAUGCGAUUAUGGUUGUUGGUGUGGCGUUUGGAAUGCGACAACUGGGAGUUGGCUGGCAGAGCGUGCAGUGGCUCGUCGCUGCGAUGACGGUUGGUCUCGGCUUUGGUUUGCAGGAGAUCUUCGCCAACUUCGUGUCAGGCAUCAUAUUAUUGUUCGAACGCCCGGCCCGCGUGGGCGACACGGUCACGAUUGGGACCAUCACGGGUACUGUGACAAAGAUUCGCAUUCGCGCAACGACGAUCCUCGAUUGGGACAACAAAGAGUUGAUUGUCCCCAACAAAGAAUUCGUGACGGGCAACCUGGUGAACUGGACGCUGUCCAACGCGAACAUUCGGCUGGUGGUGAAGGUGGGGGUUGCCUACGGAACCGAUACCCGGCUGGCCACCGAGUUGCUCUAUCGGAUCGCAGAAGAGCAUCCAGAUGUGAUGGAGGAACCAGAGCCGGUGGUCGUGUUCAACGCCUUCGGGGAUAGCAGUCUGAACUUUGAACUGCGAGUGUUCGUCAGCGAUUUGUCGAUGUAUCGUCGACUGCAGCACGAUCUACAUAUGGCGAUUGAUGAUGUCUUCAAGCAGAACGAAAUCGAGAUCGCCUUCCCGCAGUGCGACCUUCAUGUUCGUUCGCUGCCCGCGGCGCUGCGAAAGUCCUUCAGUGCACAACAGACGGCGAAACUUCCCGAUCCCCGGGAAGCGGCAGCGUGA